GCAGGCGCAGUCAGCUCGGGCGAGGGCGGCUGUCAUGGCGGCGCUGGGGCUCGGCGCGGCGGGCCCAUGAGGCGACGCUCCGGCCUCAGGAAGACUGAGCAGAGGCGCUUCCCGGCGUCCCCGAGGCCAUGGCGGGCGUCUUCGACAUCGACCUGGACCAGCCCGACGAGGCCGCGUCGGACGAGGAACUGGAGGAAGGGGGUCACUUAAGCGAAAGCAUGGACCAUGGUGGAGUUGGCCCAUAUGACCUCAUGGAGCAUUGUGAAAAAUUUGAGAUUUCAGAAACGAGUGUGAAUAGAGGUCCUGAAAAGAUACGCCCAGAAUGCUUUGAAUUGCUGCGUGUUCUUGGAAAAGGUGGCUAUGGAAAGGUAUUUCAAGUUCGGAAAGUGACAGGAGCAAACACCAGUAAGAUUUUUGCCAUGAAGGUGCUUAAAAAGGCAAUGAUUGUUAGAAAUGCGAAAGACACAGCACACACGAAAGCCGAGCGGAACAUCUUGGAGGAAGUCAAGCAUCCGUUCAUUGUCGACUUGAUUUAUGCCUUUCAGACGGGUGGAAAACUCUACCUCAUUCUUGAGUAUCUCAGUGGAGGAGAACUGUUUAUGCAGUUGGAGAGAGAGGGGAUAUUUAUGGAAGACACAGCUUGCUUCUACUUGGCUGAAAUCUCAAUGGCUUUGGGGCAUCUGCACCAGAAGGGGAUCAUUUAUCGAGAUCUCAAGCCGGAAAACAUCAUGCUGAAUCAUCAAGGUCAUGUUAAGCUUACGGAUUUUGGACUAUGUAAGGAAUCCAUUCACGACGGAACCGUCACGCACACGUUCUGUGGAACAAUAGAAUACAUGGCCCCGGAGAUCCUGAUGAGGAGCGGGCACAACCGGGCCGUGGACUGGUGGAGUUUGGGAGCGUUAAUGUACGACAUGCUGACUGGAGCACCUCCGUUCACUGGGGAGAACCGAAAGAAAACGAUUGACAAGAUUCUCAAAUGUAAACUCAACUUGCCUCCCUACCUCACACAAGAAGCCAGAGAUCUCCUGAAAAAGCUGCUAAAGAGAAAUGCUGCCUCACGCCUAGGAGCUGGUCCUGGAGAUGCUGGAGAAGUUCAGGGUCAUCCUUUCUUCAGACACAUUAACUGGGAAGAGCUGCUGGCCCGGAAGGUGGAGCCUCCCUUUAAACCAUUAUUGCAAUCCGAAGAGGACGUGAGCCAGUUUGAUGCAAAAUUUACUCGCCAGACUCCUGUUGAUAGCCCUGAUGACUCAGCCCUCAGUGAAAGUGCCAACCAGGUCUUCCUGGGCUUUACGUAUGUGGCUCCCUCCGUACUUGAAAGCGUGAAAGAGAAGUUUUCCUUUGAACCAAAAAUCCGAUCACCUCGCAGAUUCAUUGGCAGCCCGCGGACGCCCGUCAGCCCUGUUAAGUUCUGUCCCGGGGAUUUCUGGGGACGAGGCAGUUCCUCCGGCAUGACCAAUGCGCAGGCACCCGUGGAGUACCCCAUGGAGAGCAGCGGGAUCGAGCACAUGGACGUGACGGUGUGCGGAGAGGCCUCGGCGCCGCUCCCCAUCCGGCAAACCAACACCGGCCCGUACAAAAAACAGGCCUUCCCCAUGAUCUCCAAGAGGCCGGAGCAUUUGCGCAUGAACCUAUGACGGAAUCAAAACAGCAAUCAUUUCCUCCCUUCCCCACGGAAAAGAGAAAAAAUAUACCCUAAUUGGGUGGCAACAGGACACGAGGCCGAAACCUCAGCGAAAUGUCGUCUUGUCUCAGAGAUAGUAUCAGAAUUGGUCACUGCACAGAAUAACGGCUGGGGAAGAACAUGCAAACCGUGGAUCUCGCUCUCUCCACUCCGUCUCCGGUUUUGAAUCAGUGGUGGAUAAAAUCAUCCUGUGUUCGGAAGUACAGGAGCAAAGCGACACGGAAUCGUCAGGACCCUUUUCUGCUUGAGGAUUUUUUUUCUGCAAGAGUAGUCAUAGUGGGAUGUUUAUUUUCCUCUUUGGAAACGAUGCUCGCAGUCCUGCUUCUGUCUCCUCGGAUGGAGUUUCAAGGCAGCCUCUAAGUUCGAUGUUCCUUAUAGAAUCUACAGAUAUAUUUUUUCAAAUAGGUUUCCUCUCCUUUUAUUUUUAUUUUUUUCUUCCAAGUAUCCUAACUUGGGAAAGAGCUUGGGUUAGUGCUUCUAUUGAAAAUGAUGGUUUUGCGUUUGAAAAGAAAAACUUGCUAAUUACGUUAGUGGAUUAGUAGGAUUGGAUGUCCCUCUGCCAAUCGUGUUAUGACGAAAUUGGGUUCGGCGAGACACUUUCUGUGCGAUUUCUGUAUCCAUGCCUCUACGCCUGCUCUUCUCGGCCCUAAUCUUUUCUCAAGAGGAAACCCUUCUCUUCCGGCCUCAUCGUUUCUUCAAAAGCUGGAAACAGCCGUCGUAAACAGUAAACCAAAAAGGGAGGCACGGAAGGGAUAUUGUGUCAGAAGUGUGAAGAGCUAAAGGGGAGAAAUAUUUCCCCGUUUCUUAUUUUUAUUUUUAUUUUCCAAUUAUGCUGGUCUUGCUGAGUGUUAAUGCUGGGAAAAGAUGGCUUUAUCCCGCCUCGGCCCCAUAACUUGCCUUUUCUGUUUUCCGCUCGAUGAAUCAACCGCAAACUUUAUUUUAUUUCCUCUGCCGGGGAGGAGGGGAGAGGGCAAUCCAUUCGCUUGAUUGUAUUUGAAACUAAACCGCAAAAAAAAAAAAAAGUAUUACGAUGGCCUUUGACGAAUGUCUUCCAGAGAACUUUUGCAAUUUAAUUUUAGGCAACGCUCAAACAAAAAACCAAGGUUUACUAUUUAUGUUUUCUGCGAUUGUUAUUGAAGAAGAAAGAGCGAGAAAAAAAUCUGUACAAAUGACUUAACAGGUACAAAGAAUUAAAUAAAGGUAUCUUUACCUUAACUUAAAUACUUCCUGCCUUAAAGAAAGCAUUUCCAUGGAAAAGCGGAGCUUUGCGUUAGGGCAGAGCGUGUGCAUGCGUGGGAGUGGCGUGUGCGUGUUGGCCUUGGCAUAUCUGUGGUCGUUCACGUCCGGGUUGGUGCUUUGUUCUUGUUCAGAUCUUGCGUCCAUUUCUCUCUGUCUCUCUCUGUGCGGACUCUGCCACCGAGGAAUAUAUAUAGAUAGAUAGAUAGAUAGAUAUACAACUAGCUGUGCCCGGCCACGUGUUGCUGUGGCGAAGUAUGGUGGUAUAUAUUACAGUAGAAUUUCACUUAUCCAACAUUCGCUUAUCCAAUGUGCUGGAUUAUCCAACGCAGUCUGCCUUUUAGUAGUAAAUGUUUUGUAGUCAGUGUUUUAAAUUCAUUGUGAUAUUUUGGUGGUAAAUGUGUAAAUACAGUAAUUACUACAUAGUAUUACUGCGCAUGGAACUACUUUUUCUGUCAAAUUUGUUUUAUAACAUGAUGUUUUGGUGCUUAAUUUGUAUAAUGAUUACAGUAGGCUUUUCCUGAAUCCCUUCUUAUUAUCCAACAUAUUCACUUAUCCUGCCGGCCUGUUUAUGUUGGAUAAGUGAGACUGUACUGUAUAUUUAUAAUCUGAUAUUAUCUGCUUAGAACUGGAUUAUAUGAGGCCCCUUCUACACAGCUGUAUAAAAUGCACACUGAAGUGGAUUAUAGGGCAGUGUGGAGUCAAGAUAAUCCAGUUCAAAGCAGAUAAUAUCUAUAUAUAUAAAUGAGUGAUGGCAUCACGGCGACCCACAAAACAACAAAACUACAGGCCCCCCAACCUCAAAAUUUGACAACACAAACCAUCAUCCAUGCCUCUGGGUUGAUACAACAAAAAAAAAGAAAAAUAAAGUCCUAAUUAGAGGGAAAUUAAUAAUUGUUUUUAUCCAAUUGCUGCCAGUUAGAGGGCUAAUCUCUGCCCACUUGGUCUCCUAGCAACCCACUUAGCCCACGGGACAGGCACAGUUAGGCCUCACUUAGGCUUCUUCCACAGAUUAUCUAAUUUGCACUGGAUUAUAUGGCAGUGUAGACUCAAGGCCCUUCCACACAGCUAUAUAACCCAUUUAUAAUCUUAUAUUUGCUUAGAACUGGAUUAUAUGAGGCCCCUUCUUCACAGCUGUAAUAAAAUGCACACUGAAGUGGAUUAUAUGGGAGUGUGGAGUCAAGAUAAUCCAGUUCAAAGCAGAUGAUAUAAGAUUAUAAAUGGGUUAUACACACACACACACACACACACAUACAUACAUACAUACAUACAUUAUUUAACCUACUGAUGCCUCGAUUAAUGUUAUUUUAUUGGUAUCUAUUUUUAUUUCUGAAAUUUCCCACCCUCGGCUUAUACUCGGGUCAUUAAGUUAUCCCAGUUUUUUUGUGGUAAAAUUAGGUGCCUUGGCUUAUAUUCAGGUCAGCUUAUACUCGAGUAUAUACGGUACUGUAUAUAUGAAUUUAGCACCAAAAUAUCUCAAUAUAUUGACUAAGAAAAAAUUGGCUACUAACAAAUUGACUCCAAAUAAAGAUAGAAUUGCAUAAAAUGAACUUACAGAAACAACAUUGUUGGAUAUUAAAUCCAUAAAAAGUUCAAUCCUUGCUGCCUAGAGAAACAGCUGUGGAUCGGGGCGGGAGGCAAACUGUGUUGGAUACUCCAGAACGUUGGAUAAGUGAGACUCUACUGUCUAUGGGUGUGUAUAUAUUCCUGUUGUUUCUUUGUUUUGAUUCUCUUUGUGAGCCAUAGGAUCCAAGCCAUAAGUCGUCGCUAGAAAACGUUCUUUGAUUUGAAUCCCAUGAAGGAACUUCACCUUCUGCAGCCUCACCGUGAGUGAAACAUGCCCCGAUCCUUUCCAAAGCUUGGGGAUUCUGGGAGCUGGAGUCAGAAACAUGAGGGGGACAAAAGGGUGACGGCCCCUGUUUUAGGUGUCAAACUUGAGUUGAGUGAAGUAUUGGGCAAAUAGUUUUGUUUUGAUACCUGAAGGGCAAAAGGUUCUGGACCAGGUGUGGGCAAACUCAGGCUCUUUUCUCUUUACUAUCACCAUCAAAUCCUUCCUUCUUUCUCUCCUUCCUUCUUCCCUUCCUCCCUUGCUUCCUUCUUCUUUCAGUUCUUUCAUUCGUUCAGUCGUUUCCGACUCUUCAUGACUUCAUGGACCAGUCCUUGCUUCCUUCCCUCCCUCUUUCUUCUUCCCUCCUUUCUUCUUUCCCUCUUUCUCCCUUCCUUCCCUCUCUUUCUCCAUUCCUUCCUUCCCUUUUGUCUUUCCUUCCUUCACUCUUCUUUCCAUCCUUCUCUUUCUCCCUUCCUGCCUUCUCUCUUCCCUUCCUCCCUUGCUUUCUUCUUCUUUCUGUUCUUUCAUUCGUUCAGUCGUUUCCGACUCUUCAUGACUUCAUGGACCAGUCCUUGCUUCCUUCCCUCCCUCUUUCUUCUUCCCUCCUUCCUUCCCUUUCCACCUUUCGUCCUUUCUUCCUUCCCUCUCUCUUUUUUCCUUCCUUCCAUCCUUCUCUUCCUCCCUUCCUGCCUUCUCUCUUUCCUUCCUCCUUCCCUCCCUCCUCUUCCCUCCUUCACUUUCAACCUUUCAUCCUUUCUUCCUUCCCUCUUUCUCCUUCCUUCCUUCCCUUUUGUCUUUCCUUCCUUCGCCCUCCCUCUCUUGCUUCCUUCCCUCGCUCUUUCUUCUUCCCUCUUUCCUUCCCUUUCAACCUUUCGUCCUUUCUUCCUUCCCUCUCUCUCUUUCUCCUUUCCUUCCUUUACUUUUGUCUUUCCAUCCUUCUCUUCUUCCCUUCCUGCCUUUUCUUUUUCCUUCCUCCUUCCCUCCCUCUCUUGCUUCCUUCCCUCACUCUUUCUUCUUCCCUCUUUCCUUCCCUUUCAAUCUUUCGUCCUUCCUUCCCUCUUUCUCCCUUCCUUCUCUCUGUCUCUUCCUUCCUUCCUUCCUUCCUUCCUUCCUUCCUUCCUUCCACCCUUCCUUCCUCCCUUCCUGCCUUCUCUCUUUCCUUCCUUCUUCCCUCCCUCUUUCUUCUUUCCUCUUUCCUUCCCUUUCAACCUUUUGUCCUUUCUCCCCUCUUCUCCCUUCCCUCCUUCCCUCUCUCUCUUUCUCUCCUUCCUUCCCUUUUGUCUUUCCUUCCUUCGCCCUCCCUCUCUUGCUUCCUUCCCUCGCUCUUUCUUCUUCCCUCUUUCCUUCCCUUUCAACCUUUCGUCCUUUCUUCCUUCCCUCUCUCUCUUUCUCCUUUCCUUCCUUUACUUUUGUCUUUCCAUCCUUCUCUUCUUCCCUUCCUGCCUUUUCUUUUUCCUUCCUCCUUCCCUCCCUCUCUUGCUUCCUUCCCUCACUCUUUCUUCUUCCCUCUUUCCUUCCCUUUCAAUCUUUCGUCCUUCCUUCCCUCUUUCUCCCUUCCUUCUCUCUGUCUCUUCCUUCCUUCCUUCCUUCCUUCCUUCCUUCCUUCCUUCCUUCCACCCUUCCUUCCUCCCUUCCUGCCUUCUCUCUUUCCUUCCUUCUUCCCUCCCUCUUUCUUCUUUCCUCUUUCCUUCCCUUUCAACCUUUUGUCCUUUCUCCCCUCUUCUCCCUUCCCUCCUUCCCUCUCUCUCUUUCUCUUUCUCUCCUUCCUUCCCUUUUGUCUUUCCUUCCUUCGCCCUCCUUCUCUUGCUUCCUUCCCCCCCUCUUUCUUCUUCCCUCCUUCCUUCCUGUUCAUCCUUCCGUCCUUUCUUCCAUCCCUCUUUCUUCCUUCUUUCCUUCCUUCCCUUUUGUCUUUCCUCCCUUCCUUCCUUCCUUCUCUUUUUCCUUCCUCCUUUCCUCCUGGUGGAUGUUUAACUGGGAGAAGAGAAGGCAGAGAGGGAACAUGAGAACCAUGUUUUAAGAUUGAAAAGAGUGUCCCAUUGGGGAAGAGGGAGAAAACUGACUUUCUGCCGUUCUAGGGCACAAGGGAACAAUGGGUUCAAAUGGCAGGGAAGGAGAUUGAACUGAAAAGAUUGGGAAGAACUUGUUGGAGAGCGGCCUGGGCUGCCUGGGAAUGUGGUGAAAGCUUUUCUGCAGAGGCUGUCCAUUGGGAGUGCUUUGACCGAGCCUUCUUGCAUGGCUGGGGGUUGGACUGGAUGGCCCUUGGGGGUCUCUUCCAGCUCUGGUAUUUUAUAUCAGGAGUAGGCAAUAUAGGGUCUGAUGGAUACACUUUAAUGAGCCCACCAUGUGGCCCUCAAGUUAGGAAGUUGGCCCAUGCCUGUUCUAGACUCGGCAUCCCUUAAUUCUCCUCCGUCUUGUCCGUCAUUUAAGGGGACAAUUGAGCAAGCGGUAGUUCUGUGGAAAACAUUGACCUGCGGUUUUGCAUGGGAUUGGAUUUCCCAUUGAUUUGGCCAUUCUGGCUUUCCUCUGGUGCUGGAAUCAAGUGGGAAGGUGAUGUGAAAGCAUGGGCGUUCUGGGACAGAUCAUACCAUUGGAACCGGACGUGGUCCAAAUCGAGAUGGUCUGGAGGCCAUGGUUUGCCACUUUCCUUUUGAUGUGGUCCAGAGCUUGGGAAAGUUACUUGUUGGAACUGUUGAGUGCCAGAAUCUUGCAACAAGGAGCGAUAGGAGUUAAAGUUUAGAACUAGAUCUGGAUCCAACAUACUGUUCGUUUAACUGUUAAAUAAUCAUCAUCAUCAUUUAAUUACUUAUUAUUGCCCACCAUCCAAGAUGCUCUAGGUGAUUUACAAGAUAAAUUUGUAAAGGAUAAAAAUACAUACAUACAAAUACUGAUAAAAUUAACAUAGAUUAAAUGAACAAUAUGUUGGAUCCAGAUCUAUUUCUAGUUAUUGAGAUUGGUCGGUUUUGAACCACUUGGCUUCUUAAUUUCUGGCCAACUCCAGAUGUGAUUAAUCCUGGCGGAUGAGUUCUAGGAAGACUCAACUUUUCUACAAGGUUGAUUGUUCACACGUGAAAAUGUUUGCUGAGAGUUUUCCAGGUUGUCUGGGUUCCCGAAGCAUUCUCUCCUGACGUUUUGCCCACAUCUGUGGCAGGCAUCCUCAGAGGUUAUGAGUAUUGUUGAAAACUAAACAACUGAGGUUUAUAUAUACAGUAGAGUCUCGCUUAUCCAAUAUAAAUGGGCCGGCAGAACGUUGGAUAGCAAAAAUGUUGGAUAAUGAGGAGGGAUUAAGGAAAAGCCUAUUCAACAUCAAAUUAGGUUAUGAUUUUACAAAUUAAGCACCAAAACAUCAUGUUUUACAACAAAUUGACAGAAAAAGCCGCUCAAUACAUGGUAACGUUAUGUAGUAAUUACUGUAUUUACGAAUUUAGCACCAAAAUAUCACAAUGUAUUGAAAACAUUGACUACAAAAAAACUGCGUUGAAUAAUACAGAACGUUGGAUAAUUAGAUUACAUUUCUGCUUAAGGAAAAUGUUGGAUAAUAAGGAGGGAUUAAGGAAAAGCCUAUUCCAUGUCAAAUUAAGUUAUGAUUUUACAAAUGUUAUACAGAAAAAUUGACAGAAAAAGUAGUUCAAUACACGAUAACGUUAUGUAGUAAUUACUAUAUUUACGAAUUUAGCACCAAAAUAUGGACUAAAAAAUUGACUACAAAUAAAGAUAAGAGUUGCAUAAAAUGAACUUAGAGCAACAACAUGGUCAGAAAUUAAAUCCAUAAAAAGUUCAAUCCUUGCUGCCUAGAGAAACAGCUGUGGACUGUGUUGGAUAAGCAAAUGUUGGAUAAGCAGAGGUUGGAUAACCGAGACUCUACUGUAUAUGGAAUGUCCAGGGUGGGAGAAAGAAUUCUUGUUGGCUUGAGGCUAGUAUGAAUGUUGCAAUUGGCCACCUUGAUUAGCAUUGAAUGGCCUUGCAGUUUCAAAGGCUGGCUGGGGGAAUCCUUUGUUGGGAGGUGUUGUUUAUUCAUUCAGUCAGUCCCAUCUGACUCUUUGUGGGAGGUGUUAGCUGGCCCUGAUUGUGUCCUGCCUGGAAUUCCCCUGUUUUCUGAGUGUUGUUCUUUAUUUACUACCCUUUAAAAUACUGGUCGCCAGAUUUUGGAGCCCCCGGGAAUUCCAGACGGGAAACAAUCAGGGCCAGCUAAAACUUCCCGACAAAGGCAGGAAGCCGACAGGUUUUGAAGCUUUAAAGCCAUUCAGUACUAAUCAAGGUGGUCAAUUGCAACCUUAAGCAGACAAGAGUUCUUUCUCUUUGUGAUUGUGCGUAUUGAUAAUCUUCUUUUGGAUGCAUAAAUAACUUUCCAUUGGAGAUUGUGCGAUAUAUGGCUGGCAGAAGGUGGCAGAGUGUUUUGUCUGCGUUUCUUCCCGUUUUGCUGUAGAAGUCGACCUCGCUUUCCCUUUCGCAUCCUCUUUUUAACUGUGAAAACGUUGGAAUCGUAACUUGGGACAGCAAGCACACACUAUGCAAUAUGUGUUACUCUGUAUUUAUUUGUACAAAAAAUAAAUAUCCAAACCUUGAUGAUUAUUAUUAAUUUUUUCUCUCCUCCCUUGCCCUCCCCUGUAUAUAUAGCUUAUUAGUGUCCGUUUUUUAAAGGGAGUGGAAUUGUAUCUCUUGUACAACUUUGGAGACAAUGCUAGUACAGUAGAGUCUCACUUAUCCAACAUGAAAAUGUUGGAUAAUAAGGAGGGAUUAAGGAAAGGCCUAUUAAGUUACGAUUAAGCACCAAAACAUGUUUGCAACAAAUCAACAGAAAAAGCAGUUCAAUACACAGUAACGUUAUGUAGUAAUUAUGUAUUUACAAAUUUAGCACAAAACAUUGAAUAAAAAUUGGCUAUUAAUAAUAACUAACAGAAAAAGCGGUUCAAUACACGAUAACGUUAUGCAGUAAUUACUGAAUUUACGAAUUUAGCACCAAAACAUGGCAAUGUAUUGAAAAAAUUGACUAAAAAUUGGCUACUGAUAAAAACUAACAGAAAAAGUUCAAUACACGAUAACGUUAUGUAGUAAUUAUUGUAUUUACGAAUUUAGCACCAAAACAUGGCAAUGUAUUAAAAACAUUGACUAAAAAAUUGGCUACUAAUAACAACUGAUAGAAAAAGCAGUUCAAUACAUGUUAACGUUAUGUAGUAAUUACUGUAUUUACGAAUUUAGCACCAAAAUAUGGCAAUGUAUUAAAAAUAUUGACAAAAAAUUGGCUACUAAUAAAAACUGUCAGAAAAAGUAGUUCAAAUACGAAUUUAGCACCAAAAUAUCAUGAUAUAUUGAAAACAUUGACUAAAAAAAGAUAGAAUUGCAUAAAUGAACUUAAGAGUAACAUUGUCAGAAAUUAAAUCCAUAAAACGUUCAAUCCUUGCUGCCUAGAGAAACAGCUGUGGACUGUGUUGGAUAAUCCAGAAUGUUGGAUAAGCGAAUGUUGGAUAAGCGAGACUCUACUGUAUACGAAAUGCAGUGGCUAUCGAGAACUUAAGUGCUUUCUUUUCGAAACAAAUGUCUUAAAAAAAAACUUUUCAUUAGGGGUAUAGGAAUUAAGAUUUAUUUUGUACAAGCCGUGCUUUUUUAAUUAUAAUCUCGGGACUUUUGCUAUCAUUUGAUUUUUUAUAGAUUUUUGUACCAUUAUAUUAAAAAAAAGAUGAUGAUAAUAAUAACUGGGAUUAAUACCUGCUGAGGCUAACGACAUAUUUUAAGUAUUAAAUCUUGAUAACUUGAACCAUGUUUUAUUUUCAUUAGACUUGGUGGUAUUGACAUGAAAGCUGUGCUCGUUGUAUUCUGCAGCUCACCUUGAGGUGUCAAGGAAGCCCAAAAGCCUUCAGGUAAGGAGGCCUGGGUGCUCUACCAUUCCCUGUCAAUCCGGUUGUCCCGGGUUCGGACUACGUCUCCCGUCCAAACGAUGGGAGACGUAGUCCGACAACAGGCAGCAGAGCCACAGUUUCCCAUUGCGGCUGUAGAACGUGAUGUUGAUUGGCACCAACACAUUGUAGAUCCUCUAGCUAGAUCUGUUUCAAACCACCUUGAGUCCCAUCUGCUCUUUAGACCGGACUUAAUAUCUCCUUUUACUAGAAAACUAUGCCUAGGCAUGGCCACUAACCACGUCUAGCUAUAUGAUUCUGUGUAUGAGUUGUUGUGAAGUCCAAAACACCCAGAGAGAAAGCCCAAGUUGGCCCAGGUGUCAAAGGGCCAACUUCAUGGCUUCUUGGUUGGGCUCGAGGCCAGGAAUUGUGGGAGUUGAAGUCCAAAACACGCGGAAAAAGGGCCCAAGUUGGCCCAGAUGUCAAAGAGAUGACUUCAUGGCUUCUUGGUUGGGUUCAAGGGGGAAACGGAAAGGCCCUGAGGCCAGGAAUUUUGCAGUCCAAAACACCCAGAAAGUGUGCCCAAGUUGGCCCAGGUGUGAAAGGGACGACUUCAUGGCUUCUUGGUUGGGCUCGCGGGGAAAACGGAAAGGGCCUGAGGCAAGGAAUUGUGGGAGUUGAAGUCCAAAACACCCGGAAAGAGGGCCCAAGUUGGCCCAGGUGUCCAAGAGAUGACUUCAUGGCUUCUUGGUUGGGUUUGACGGGGAAAACGGAAAGGGUCUCAGGCCAGGAAUUGUGGGAGUUGAAGUCCAAAACACGCGGAAAAAGGGCCCAAAUUGGCCCAGGUGUCAAAGAGAUGACUUCAUGGCUUCUUGGUUGGGCUCGAGGGGGAAACGGAAAGGGCUGUAUGGCCAUGUUCCAGAGGCAUUCUCUCCUGACGUUUCUCCCACAUCUAUGGCAGGCAUUCUCAAAGAUUGUGAGGUGUUGAAUUGUGGGAGUUGAAGUUCGAAACACCCGGAGAGAGGGCCCAAGUUGACCUCAGAGGUUGUGAGGUCUGUAGGAAACUAGGCAAGUGAGGUUAAAAUAUCUGUGGAAAUUCCAGGGUGGGAGAAAGAACUCUUGUCUGGGUUGCUGUGAGUUUUCUGGGCUGUAUGGCCAUGUUCCAGAAGCAUUCUCUCCCGAUGUUUCUCCCACAUCUAUGGCAGGCAUCCUCAGAGGUUGUGAGAUCUGUUGGAAACUAGGAAAGUGAGGUUUAAAUAUCUGUGUACGGUCCAAUGUGGGAGAAAGAACUCUUGACUGGGUUGCUGUGAGUUUUCUGGGCUGUAUGGCCAUGUUCCAGAAGCAUUCUCUCCUGACGUUUCUCCCACAUCUAUGGCAGGCAUCCUCAGAGGUUGUGAGGUCUGUUGGAAACUGGGGAAGUGAGGUUUAAAUAUCUGUGGAAAGUCCAGGGUGGGAGAAAGAACUCUUGCCUGGGUUGCUGUGAGUUUUCUGGGCUGUAUGGCCAUAUUCCAGAAGCAUUCUCUCCUGACGUUUCUCCCACAUCUAUGGCAGACCUCCUUAAAGGUUGUGAGGUGUUGAAUUGUGGGAUUUGAAGUCCGAAACACCCGGAGAGAGGGCUCAAGUUGACCCAGGUGUCAAAGGGACGACUUCAUGGCUUCUUGGUUGGGCUCGAGGGCGAAAAGGAAAGGGCCCGAGGCCAGGAAUUGUGGGAGUUGAAGUCCAAACAAACUUUAGCUGUGUCACCAUCCGCAAAAAAAAAAACAAACCAAUCACCUCCUACAGCUGCCUUAACUGGGAAUGAAUGGUAUGAGGGUUCAAUGUCCUUCCUGCAUUUCAUUCUGUACUGUAAUAAUAAAAUAUACUUGAUUUCAUUAAAAAAAACCCCAACAACAUACAAAUGGAUGUAAAUAGCAAUUAAAUGCAACUUUGAACAAA